UCUGUCGUGAAAUAAAAAUAAGAUAUUAAAGUUUUGUAAAUUAUUUUUGAAAAUUAAAUUAAAUCACCUUUUUUUAGUUUAACAAUUAUUUAUAUUUUUUAUAAAAUUAUUAUGCUAACAUAAAUCAAUUAAAAAAAUUACGAGAUGCCACGCUUGUGGAAAAAAAUUUGCAAACUCAUUAGGAAUUAGGAUGUAAUAAAAAUGGCUGAUGAUCAAUCUGGAGUAGCCAAACCAGAUAAAGAACCUACAGAAACAGAAGAUGAGAAAGUAUCCAUUUCAUACAACCAUCAGUUAGCAUCGACUUCUAGGCUUUCCGUGGGAGAUGCUGAAACCUACGGAAAGGAAGGCUCAACAAAAGUGCAGCAGGCUGUGUUUCAUAGGUCCAUCUCAUGUGAUGCUGUUGUCCCCAGUACUACAGAUCCGGUGGAGUCUCCUUCAAAAACAUUUGAAGCUCCUUUUGGCAUUGACAGGAUUGCACCACCCACCGGAGCUAAGAGAGCAAGGGGUCGACCUCGUAAAGAAUUUACGCGACCACCGAAACAUCACCUGACGCAAAAUGUUUCAGCAAAAACUAUGAGAGGACGUGGAAGGCCUAGAAGAGAUGAUAUUCUGCAUCAUAAAAUCUUUCCUGGACGUCCUCGCUUUAGAGGUAAAAAAUUUCCGUAUUUUCCGUUGGCUCAUCCAUCUCAAAAAAUUCAAGAUGCUCAGCUUAAUAAAGAUCUGUAUGAAGAUGUUAAUACAAGUUUAAAAGCUGGUGCAGCACUGCAAGAAAAAAUAUUGACAUCUGCGAAUGCUCUUCCUGAUAAUGAAUUAAAAAUUGAGCAUUUUUGUGCACUGUGCAAUCUUUCUGAAACAUCUGUUCUUGGUCAAGGUAAACUUACUCAUUUUAAACCCAGUGAAGAUUUUAAUUGUUUUGAAAGCAUGGAACAAAAAUCAAAAAGUAUGGAGAAGACUGUUGAAGUGUCCACUGAAUCUGGAAGUGAAUUGAAGCUUUUUUUUAGAAAGCAGAAAGCAUUAGAAUCCAACAGUGAACAAAUAAAGAUCCAGAGAUCGAAAUCACUGCAAGGUUUUCCUGGAAAACCAAGUAUUAUAAGUGAUGUAUUUCAAGAGUUAGAAGCUACUGGUUUUAAAUCUCCUCCUGGAAGUAAUGAUAUUUUUGAACCGUCAGGUGAACUAUAUACUCAUUUUAACUGUGCUGCUUGGUCAGAAGGUGUUUCUAAAACAUUUGAGAAAAAACUUUUUAAUGUUGACAAAGCAGUUGUUCAAGCAGCUUUUCAGAGGUGCAGUAAAUGUGAUAAGUAUGGGGCAUCUGUGAAGUGUUGCUUUUCAGAAUGUACAAAAAUAUAUCAUUAUCCUUGUGCCAUAGUUUCUGGUGCAUUGCAGAAUGCCAAUUGCUUCAAAAUAAUAUGCUCUGUUCAUCGAGAACAUGCAUUUUCCUUUGGUGUUUUAUGUAUGGCAUGUCACGAAAGUGGUGAUUUAUCUCAGUUGUUACUUUGUACAACUUGCGCCAAUUACUAUCAUGGCAACUGCUUGGAACCUCCUAUAACACCUUCACCUGAUGUUAGAGCUGGUUGGCAAUGUUUCGACUGCAAAGUUUGUCAGAACUGCAGGCUUCCUGAAGAAAGCAAUAAAAUGCUAGUGUGCAAUACUUGCGACAAAGGAUACCACAUAUUCUGUGUUAAACCACCAGUCUCCUCUAUUCCUAAGAGUGGUUGGAAGUGUUCAGCAUGCAGAAUGUGUGGUGACUGUGGAGCAAGAACCCCAGGGAAUGGGCCCAGUUCUAGAUGGCAUUUAAAUUAUUCAGUCUGUGACAGUUGCUAUCAGCAAAGAAACAAAGGAGUUGCAUGUCCUCUUUGUGGCAAAGCGUAUCGUCAGUGUAGCCAAAGAAAAGCUAUGAGGCAUUGCACAAUAUGCCAGAAGUAUAUCCAUCCCGAAUGUGACAGAAGAACAGGAAUGAAUUCGAUGAAUUAUGUCUGCCCCAUAUGUACUAGUGCUGAGGACAAACAUCUUGAUGAAAAUUAUGUGGAACAUCAUAUAAAAGAUACUUACCAAGGUAGCUCCAGAGAUUCCUUUUUAUCUGGAAAUGAAGACACUUUAUCUUCAGAUGAAUCUGAAGGCUACAUUGAAGCACCUAACAAAGUUUCAAGUAGAAGAACAAGUUCAGAACAGCAGCAAAAGCGAAAAAAGCGUCCUUCGAAGAGGAAAUUAAAGGCUUAUGCUUUACCUGAAGAUAUAGAUUAUCCUAUGACUGCAUUUUUGCCAAAAGAAUAUAAAACUGAAGAUGAUGAUCCGACUGACGAUAAUAAAAUGAUUCUUGCAUCUGCUACUGAUGAAUUUGUUUUAUGCCAGGAUUUGUGUGUGAUGUGUGGAAGUUUUGGAAAAGGUGAAGAAGGCAGGUUGAUUGCUUGCGCUCAAUGUGGCCAGUGUUAUCACUCAUACUGUGCUAGUAUAAAGGUUACAACUGUUGUAUUAAAGAAAGGUUGGCGAUGCUUAGACUGUACUGUAUGUGAAGGUUGUGGGCAACCUCAUGAUGAGAGUCGGUUGUUACUAUGUGAUGAAUGUGAUAUUAGUUUUCACACUUACUGCUUAAAUCCUCCUCUACCAGAUGUUCCUCCAGGCAAUUGGAAAUGCAAGUGGUGUGUGAUGUGUACAAAAUGUGGUUCCAAGUCACCUGGAUUAAACUGCGAAUGGCAAGUAAACUAUACACUCUGUGGUCCAUGUGCCAGCUUCACUGUGUGUUGCUUAUGCCUCCAGCUUUAUAUUGAAAAUGAUUUGAUUAUUAAUUGCAACCGAUGUGAAAGAUGGCUGCAUGGGAUGUGUGAUCAAAUUGAAAAUGAAGAACAAGCUGAAAAAUGUGCUGAAUAUGGGUAUACUUGCCCCCUUUGCAGACCUCCAGAUGAGUUACCUCCACAUCUUUUGCCAGCACCUCCCAGUCCACCUACACCAGAAGAAAUUCCUGAGAAACAUGCAUCUCCAAUCGCUAAAGUUAAGGAACCUGAGCCACCAGUUGUGAAAGCCAAACCACCAGUUCAAUAUCAUUGUGAUGGUGUUUACUUAUCGGAAAGUGGAAUGAAAUACAUGAAAACUUUGUUACCUGAACAACCAAAGAAAAUACCUCGGCCAAGAAAAUUGAAGCAAGGCUUACUUGGAUUGUUAGGUUCUCAGGAACCUGGAAAAUCGUUAUCGUUGUUACAGUUGGAUAAAGGUGAAGAUUCAGCAUCUGCUGCAGGUAUUGAAGAGCCCAGUACAGAAUCUACAAAUCCUGGAGAAUUAGGAUUAAAAGCCUAUGAUUUUGAAGAUGGUAAGAUGGUGAUGGAUGGUACAAAGGAUCUCAUCACCGAUUCAUCUGGUGAAAAAAAGAAAAGACCUCGGAAGCUCCAGAAAUUAGGAAUUGGAGGAUUCAGUGUAAAACCACGAGGACGAUGUUCAAUCUCAUCAAAAGAAGUGGGCGAACCAGUUGAAGCUCCUAUACCACAACCUACAGAUUCUGCAUUCCCAUUAACCAGUGAUACACCCAUUUUAGCAACAGAUGAUUGUAGCAGCGUUGACAAGUUGAAGAAAAAACCCAAGAGAAAACCCAAGAAGAAAACUUUUUUAGAUGAAAGUUUUCCAAGUUAUUUACGUGAUGCUUUUUUUGGGAAAGAGUUGUUAUUGUCUUGCAAAAAAUUGGGAAAGACAACAGAAAUGCGUGAAUCUCAGGAUUCUAUUCUUGAGAAUAGUUCUGGGCAGGGUAAAUCUUCAGAAGAACAGUUAAAAAAUAAUCAAACAUCAAUGCAGACUAUUGGAACUUCUGCUGAUUCUAAGUCUUUGGAGGCUAAAGAUUUAUUACAAACUACAGGAGCAAGCACUAAAACUUUGAGUGAUCCAAAUGCAGCAUAUAAAAGAAUUAUUAAAUCUGAAAUUGAAAGUAUUAAGGAGGAGCAUUUAUCUUCAGCAUCUGCUUUAAAUGAUCUCUCUGGUCUUCCCCAGAUUGAUAGCAAAGAAGUGGAAGAUGUAUUUCAAGGUGUUUUACGAGAUCAGAGAUUGGCUAAUCCUGUUCAGUUUCGUGGUGCCUCUGGACCUGGAAUGCUAAAAACAACAGCUUAUGUUUUGCAACAAGGUGCAUCAUCAGGAUUAAACCCAUCUUCAAUUCAUCCAAAUUUGCUUCAAAAUCUUCAGCAUGCUGAUUCAAACAGUUCCUGGCCUGAUUCAGACUGUGACCCACCUCAACUACAGAAAAAUAUCAUGAAGUGGGAAUCUGAUGAACGCCUUGGCUUGCUUUCCACAAUUUCACCUGUUUUAUAUGCAAAUAUUAAUCUGCCACAUUUGAAAAUUGAGUUUCCAGCCUGGACGGAUCGAGUAAAACAGAUAGCAAAGAUUUGGCGUGGUUUGCCAACUGAGAAAAGGCAACCAUAUUUGCAAAGAGCACGGGAAAAUAGAGCAGCUUCUAGAUCUCAAAGAUCCAGUAGCACUGAUUCAGAAAGAAGUGUGAAAGAAACAUCUAAAACUCAAGAAGUAGAUCAAGAAAAGCAAUGGAAACAAUACCAUGCUAUAAGAAUGCAACAUCAAGCUGCUCAGCAGCGUUUAAUACACGAACAGCGCGUUCGAGCUGCUUUGAAAGCUCAGACUGAGAAAACUGAAAACAGUCCUGCUGUUUCUGGAGAAAAUAUUAAGCUGUUUCAUUCUAAAUCUUUAUCUGACAUUCCUCAAUUUCCAAGUACACUAGUAUCUGAAGAGAGUAUGCAGAAUUCAGGCAAAGCAAAAGUAUUCGAAAAAAGGUGGUCUUCUUCAGCUAUAGAUUUGAAUGCAACUGAAACUUUGUUGCAGGGUAAUAAACUAAUUCCUGAAAAUCAAGCAGUUCUACAAAAGUCUCUAAUGCAAGAAAGAAUUGCAAGUUCUCUUUUGCAUGUAUCAAAAGUUCAAAGCCCCAUCAAUUCACCUAUAUCAGCAGUCUCUGAUGCUGCUGUAUCUCCUUCUGCUGUUCUAAAAACACCAGAAUCUUUCCAGCCAGCACAAUCUCCUGUACAUACAACCGGGCUUGUUGUUUCACAGAAGCAAGCAUUUUCAUCUCAAGUGAAUCCUAGAACUGCAGUGCUAAUGAACAGACCUGAAGCAACAAGAGUAACCACCCCUACUGUUCAAAAAGAAGCUGUGAACACACCACCAUCGACUCCUAGACCACAUAGUUCAGAAUCUUUUUUCCAAAUGUCAGCUUCACCGCAAUCUCAGCUAAUAGCUUCUCUUGACACACAUUCUCAACCUACACCAGCUCGCAGCAAACUAGUUGGUCCUGGCAAUUUAUUUGAAGGGACACCUGCUGGUAGUUCAUCUCCUGUGAUAGAAGUCCAAAACCCAGCUAUGCUGGUACAGUCAAAUAAAGCUGCUGCAUCUGUUAGUCUUGGUAUGACUCUGCAAACUACGACAUCUAAACCACAAAUACAGCAACCGGUAAUGAUGCCAGUGGAACAAUUUGUUCUUCAACAGGCUUCUAAUUUUCCUGCUUCAAAUAUUGUUAAACAGCUUUCUCAGUAUAAAGAAACUUUUUCACCAAUGACAAAUACUCCAGAAAUGGGACCCAUGCUGCCCCCAGAAAAGUCUCUGGAACAUCAAAAUUUAGAACAAUUAUUACAGACCAGCCAGAUUACCUUACCAUUUCAGAAUAAAGUAACUUCACACCAACAUUUAAGAGAUCUUUUACAAAACAAGAAAGCUGGUGAAUCUGAACUGCCCUCUACACAAGAAGGUAAAUUGAUAAGCAAUGAGCAAUCAACUCAAGAUCAUCUAACUUCUCCUGGACAGUUGAAAUUGAGCGAUGUUUUGCAAGAUCCUCCUAUAGAAACUAUUUGUUCACCUGGAAAAUUAAAACUCAGUGAUGUUUUACGUGAUCCUCCUGUAGAAACUACUAGCCCGCCUAGAAAAUUAAAGUUGAGUGAUGUUUUACGUGAUCCUCCCAUUGAGACCACCAGCUCAUCCGGAAAGUUGAAAUUAAGUGAUGUUUUGCGCAAUCCACCAAUAGAAACAACCAGUUCACCAGGAAAGUUGAAAUUGAGCGAUGUUCUGAGAGAUCCACCAAUAGAAACUCCUAGCUCAUCUGGAAAAUUGAAGCUCAGUGAUGUUUUGAGAGAUCCACCAAUUGCAGCAGAAAGCACUGACCAGACAUUUUCACCUCAGCAGUCUUCUGAAAAAUUGGAUAUUCUUUCAUCUUCUGAUCCUCAAACUAGCGCAUUAGCAGAGUCCCAAUUUGGCAUAGAAGAUAAUUGUAUUUCUAGUCAAGCAGAUGCCGAAAGUGGCUCUGGUAAGAAGAAAACUACAGCAGCAGAUCUUGUGAAAGAUUUGGAAACUCAACAGCAUGAUGAUGCAGUUGUUGCAGGCUGUAAUCUCGAUAUUUUACCCGGUGAUGUUGGAGACUUGGAGCUUGAUGAUGAUGAGUUAUUGGGUCUUGGUAAUGAUUUUAAUAUUUUGGAGUAUGCUGAUCCAGAACUUGAUAAAAGCCUUGUUGGAGAAGGAGAAAAGAGUAACAUAUUGGAUGAACAUUUGGAUUUGGAUGAUAAAGAUGAAGAAUUAGAAGAUGAUGUUAUUAAAGAUGAUGGAACUCAAGAUAAGGAUCUAAUUGUACAAGAAAUAGCUGAUGAGAAGAAAACUAUGGAUAUUGAAAAACAAGAUGAUGAUAUUAAUCAAUCCAAAACUUCUGAUUUACCUGAAAGUUUCCUUAAUUUCGAUAAAAAGGAUUUGGACACUUUAGAUGUUGAUAACUCUUUCAAACCAAAAGAUAUUGCCAAUCCUUCAAUGACCCCUAUGGCAAAUAUCAUUAAAGAAGAACCAAAACAGGCAUUUUCUAGCUGCAGUCUCUCAUCCCAGUCUUUUUCCCCAACCAUUGAUAUAAAAUUGGAGAAGGGCAUUGCUGACAACUGUAGCAUUCAGAAACCACCCAAUAUCACUUUCAACCCUGAGACUCAGACUUUAACUUCACAAAGACCUGGAAUUCAGGUCCCUGAGCAACUAAUACCUCCUCCUUCAUACCGAAUGGUGACAGCUUUAAAGCAAACUUUGGGUGGACAUGUUCCUCAAAAUGCAUUGCCCCCUCAAAAUAAAGGUGUCUUUCCUCUUCAUCUUAAUAUGAAUUUAAGACAAGAUUUGCCUCUGAAUCAGCCAAAUGUUCUCUCUUCACCUGUGCCAAACACCAAACCUCUUUUACUGCAAGAACAGCCACUUCUUCUUGAAGAUUUAGUUGAGCAAGAAAAAAGAGAACAGAGAAGGCAAAAUCAGGAAAGCUUGAUAUCCCCUCAUGCUGCUGAUGCUCUUCUAAGUGACAUUGACUUUGAGAGACUGAAAGAUGAUGUAUUCUCUGGGCCACCGGAUGACAGUUUGGGAGGUCCUGGCUCAUUGCUUGGUGGCCAUGACCCAACCCUCCAAGCUGUAUCAUCAGUAGGUGUACCAUCUUCAUCUAAUUCACAUCAGUUUGGCCCACCACCAUAUUCUCUUUUAUGGCAAAAUCAGGAAUCUGUUCAGUUGAGUUCUCGACCUCUGACCAUCAUACAGAACUUGAAGGCUAAAGCUCCUGUGUCUGCAGUUAUAGGUUCUGUGGGCAGUAUCCCUGGUGCUGGAGUUCCAGCCAAAGCUCCAAGUUUACAGGGAAGUCUAGCAGCAACUCGGCCUUUCAACCCAAACUUUGUUCCUGGACCUGAAAAUUUGCCAGUUGAUACACUUGUUGACCCAGAAAAACUAAAAUUAAUUAAUUAUGAAAAAUAUUUAAUGCAACAACAUGCUCUUUUGGGUUCACGACAAAAAUAUUUUGAAACUGAAGUGAUGAAGCUGAGGAAAGCUAAGAAAGCUUUAAAUGCGAAACAACGGCAACUUCGCAAAAAUGGAUCCGAAUUAGCUGAGAAUGAUGCACUUGAAUUAGCUAGAGUUUCUCAAGAGCAAGCUGGAUUACAGAAACAAUUAGAACAAGCACGUAAACAAUUCCGUCAAAAUACUGUUGCUGUUCAAGAUUAUCGUUUAAAGCAACAAAAACGACAACAACAGCAACUACCUCAACAACAACAGCAGCAGCAGCAACAACAACAAGCUGUGCAAACUGUUCCACGGAGUCCAUUACAUACCAGUGUCAGUUCCUUGCAAUCUUCGCCACAGAAUUCUCAAUCACCACUUCAGUUUACUCAAACUGCACCCCAGUCUCCCAUGAUGCCAGCUUCACCUGUUGGUCCUCCAAAUUCUGUCAGAAUUCAGCACUCACCUUCUCCUCUCAUGCAGUCUCCAGUUUCUGUAACGUCAGCAGUUGCUCAGCAGACUAAUGUGCAUUCGCCACUGCUUUCUCAACAACUUCCUUUGCAAUUUCAAACAGCCAAAUCAGAGGGUAAAACAUGGCCUCCCAAUGUAAAAAUUCAGCAGGGUGACAAUAUUCCCACUAAUGAACGGUUUUCCAAGAGAGAAUCAUUUGAAGCUAAUCUGACUUCUCAAACAUAUCAAGUUUCAAGUGCUGCAAAUUCACCUCUUGCUGAUAUUAAUUUGAAAGGACUUGUGGAAAUGAAGAAGUCUCAGUCAGACGAUUCACUUGUGAAAAAGAUUGAUUCACCAUCACUUUCAAUGAAUCUUUCAGAUGAUUCUUUUGUUGGAAAACCAGGUGAUUUAGAUAUAGGGCAGACACAAACUCUUCUGCAUAAAGAUCAGAAAUUGGAUGUUGAAUCAGCUGCAGAUUCUGCUGUACCCCAGUCUAUAUUAUCUCAAAGUUUGCCUAGUUCAGUGUCCAAUACUUUAAAAUUUACUUUGCGGCAGACUGGUAUGCCAACAGGUUGCUUACCUGCUACUGAUGGUGCUUCUGAUAACCCAUCUGAGUUGGCAUUCAGCUCACCAACCCCUGAAAUUCAGUCUAAAAUCAGUGAACCUAAGCCAAUGUUAAUAUCAGCAGAAAAGAAGCUAGAGAAUAAAGACAGCCAAAAUAUUGAAGCUACAACUAAAGCUUCAGUUAAUGAAUCAAGUUUAAAAAUUGUAAAGUCAGGGCUGACAAGUACUGCUAAUGAAAGUCUGCUUGAUAACCAGGCUAAGUCGAGUACUGCUACUGUUGGGUCUGAAUCAAAUUUGACUUCGGAGAGAACACAGGAAAAUGGCAAUAAGACUGAUCAAGGUGCAGCUGAAAAGAAUUUGCAGCAGAGUUUGUUAAGAGCUGAUGUUUUAGCAAACAUAAAGCAGGAGAUUAUUGAAGAUGUCCCUGUAUCCACCAGCCAAGUUGAAAGCGCUGAUAUUAAAAUUGAACCUGGGACCACUGCUAAUCAGACUGAUGGAUCAGUGAAUCAGGCAAAAUCUCAAGAUGCUAAUGAAGGCUCAUCUGAUGAGGAAUUAGAGAACAUUACAAAAUCUUCUGCUGAAAAGGAGCGAGAACAAGCUGAACAAAAUGUACUCUUGAAGCAGUUGUUACAAAAUUGCCCCUCUGCUGAUACCCCUCGUAAAAGCGACUCCUCUUUAAUAGACUUGCCAAAAGGAGAUGAUGAGUUAAGUAGAUUAGAGGUAAAUUUUGAUAUCAAUAAUCUGCAAGAUAAGAAUUUGCUUGGAGAUGCAAAAUCUAAAAAACCAUCAUACUUAGAUAUUCGUAGAGCUCAAUUAGAUAAAGAUCCCACACCUCCUCCUGGUGAGAAGGAAAAACCCUUGAAACGGAAAAGACCCAAAAAGAAGAAACUUGAACCACAAGGGAAGCCAGAUGGAGUGGUUGUUAAGAAAAAAUGUCGGCGAAGUUCUUCAAAACUUGAAGAUAAUUUUGAUCCUUAUGUUGAGACUUUAAAUUAUAAAAUUACCAACCUACCACAACUGAGAAUAAUAGAGCCUAACAUUCAGCCUAAUUAUACUGCAAUCCCUGUAAGUGGUGCAGGAGAUAUGAAUGUUAAAGACCAUCAACUCAAAGGAAGGUAUGGAAGAGCUACUAUUCCAGGUCAGAGUGAUAUUUAUAGCUGUUCUCCAUACACAAAAGAAACACCAGCUUCCACAGCCAUUUUGCCACCUUCUUCACCACCAUACCGAGGUUUUUACAAUCAAGAAUUUCCUGGGAUGAAUAAAGCAAUAGAAAAUAAUGAGUUGUCUCUUAUCAUGAAGUCAAAUAUUGAAAAAGAAUCUUGUAAUGUAUUCAGGGACCCUGGUAGUCCGGAUACUGUCAUUUCAUCAUCAUCUCCAGAAUCAUGUCUGUUAGAACCAAAAAGCAAGUUCCCUAUGCUGGUAUUUAUUGAUCAUUUGUUACCUGAGAAAAAGCGAAACACUUCACCUGUUAUUCCUUUAAUGUACCCAAUACCCAUUAGAUUACAACCAAAAUCUUGGAAUGAUUCAAUAAUGGAAAUUGACGAAGAAAAGGACAAAGAAAAUAUACCUGAUGAUAAGCCUGAGAUUGGUUUAUUGAAAACCAAAAUGUCUGGCAUUGGAGGUUAUUCAGCUCCUCUGAAAGAUUCAGGAAAUGUUGCUGUCACGUUGACUUUGUCAUCAGCUGCUGCAGAAGAUAUUUGUGGUGUUUUGUCUGCCCUUGCUGACCUUUUAAAGAUACCGAUUCCAGCAUCAUAUGAAAUUGUGGAAAGAACAGCUACUCCUCCUAGCCAAAAAUUAGGUUUAUAUAGAAGAUCUAAGAAUUCUGAUGUCAGUAUUCAUUCCCUUCUUAAUGGAAAGCCUCGCUUCUGCAGACAUUGUGAUAUAGUUGUUUUAAGUGCUGGUAUUCGUAAGAAAAUUGCUGAUUUACCUUACAUGUCCAAAGAGGAACAAGAUGAAGAUGAGGUUAUAUUUUGCAGUACAAAUUGUUAUAUGCAAUUUGCUUUGACUCACAGAUCAACUGCUGUUAUGGAAGAAAAAGGUGCUGCAGCUGUUGUUGAUCACAUUGGAGAUGCACUGUAUGAUAAAACUAUUAUGAAUACUGAUGACUCUUUGGGUGGUUUUAUGGCAGAUGAUAAAGACUUGUUAAAGGGUAUAGCUGAAGAUAUUAAACCUGAGACUCUUGAUCUGUUAAAACUUGAAUCUAUGGACAUUGAUGAAAAUGAGAGCAAUGAUUUAAGAAUAGAUUUAGAUGCCAAGAAUAACAACAAUAAUUCUUCCAUGAAUCCAGAAUUUAGCAUGGAUCUCACAGAAAAAAUGGAAGUCUGUGAAGAAAUGCAAGAAACAGCUUUCAAAAAAUGGAGAAGCAUCAAAUAUAAAUAUUGGUAUCCUGGUGCUGAAAAUAAUAUUAGAUCUAAACGGAAAGAUGAAUCAUCAGAGAAGCCUGCUCGACCUUUCUACCAUACUAUUAAGCCUUCUCAGAUGCCAAAGGAUGAAAGAAAGUGUAUCUUGUGUCAUGGGGUUGGUGAUGGAGAAACAAAUGGGGCAGCAAGAUUGCUGAAUGUUGAUGUCAACAAAUGGGUUCAUCUGAAUUGUGCAUUAUGGUCAGCAGAAGUCUAUGAAACUGUGAAUGGAGCUUUGAUGAAUGUUGAAACAGCCAUUAAGAGGUCAAAGCACUUAAAUUGUUGUUUAUGUCACAAGCAGGGGGCUUCAGUUCGAUGCUUCAAAACAAGAUGUCCCAGUGUCUAUCAUUUCCCUUGUGCCAGAAAAGAGCAGUGCUCAUUUUUCAAAGAUAAGACUGUUCUGUGUCCUCAACAUGCUCAUCGUGGUAAUAGCGAAAACAAACUAGAUUCAGUUGCUGUCCUCAGACGAGUUUAUAUUAAUAGAGAAGAACAUAAACAAGUUGCAAGCAUGAUUCAAGAUGAGAAAUAUGUAUUACGUAUUGGAAGUCUUAUUUUUCUUAAUAUUGGACAGUUAUUACCCUCACAAAUGCCAGCAUUUCACAAUGCAAAUUGUAUUUAUCCUGUUGGUUAUAAAGUUAUUCGAAUGUAUUGGAGCAUGAGGAAACUUGGUAGGAGGAGUCAGUAUACAUGCACAAUAAAUGAAGUGAGUGGCAAGCCAGAAUUUUGUAUUCAUGUGAAAGAAGUUGAUCAGAAGGAACUUGAAUUGAAAGACAAAAGUGCCAAAGCUGUUUGGCAAAAAGUAAUUUAUCCAAUUGAAAAGAUGCGAAGGCAGGCAAAAACCAUAAAGAUAUUUCCUGAUUUCAUUUCUGGAGAUGAUUUAUUUGGCUUGACUGAACCUGCCAUACUUCGUAUUAUAGAAUCAUUACCAGGUGUUGAUACUUUGAAUGAUUAUAAUUUUCGAUAUGGACGAUCUCCCUUUUUGGAGCUACCAUUGGCUAUCAAUCCAACUGGUUGUGCUCGUUCAGAGCCAAAGCUACGCACACACUUUAAGAGACCUCAUACCCUUCAUACUUGCAACACCUCACGGCCAAUUUCAUAUCAUUCUCCAUUUGCUGGUAUGGAGGUGUCAUCACCAUACAUUAAGCAGUUUGUUCAUUCCAAAUCAUCUCAGUAUCGUAAAAUGAAAACUGAAUGGAGAAAUAAUGUGUAUCUGGCUAGAAGUAGAAUUCAGGGUCUUGGAUUAUAUGCAGCAAGAGACUUAGAAAAACAUACAAUGGUUAUAGAAUACAUUGGACAACUUAUCAGGAAUGAGAUUUCAGAAAGGAAUGAAGCUGUAUAUGAUGCUCAGAAUCGAGGAGUAUAUAUGUUUCGUCUUGAUGAGAAUCAUGUCAUUGAUGCUACCCUUUGUGGUGGUCUUGCACGGUAUAUAAAUCAUUCAUGCAAUCCCAACUGUGUGGCUGAAGUAGUACAGAUCGACAGAGUCAAUAAAAUACUCAUUAUCACAAACAGACGAAUUUCGAGAGGUGAAGAGCUCUCAUAUGACUACAAAUUUGAAGUUGAAGAUGACCAGCAUAAAAUUCCUUGCCUCUGUGGAGCUCCUAAUUGUAGAAAAUGGAUGAAUUAAGUUUUAUUUAUUAUAGAAAUUGCAUUAUUUAUAUCUUUGAAAAUACAAAUUUGUUUGUAUUCCUAAUGUUUGAAUGUACAAAUUUGUUAUCAUAAAUGAACAUUGUGUCUGUAUGAUAUUUGAAAAUCGAAGUAAUUUAUUAUAAAAUCACUGAAGAAAUUUUUAGCAUUUUGUUCACAUUUAAAGAAAUUUUGACUUGUGUCUUUGUUAACUUAAACUAUUUUUUCCAGCACAAGAAAAUUUUAUAGCAUUUUUGUCAUUGGUGGGAGGAAGUAGUCUUACCGUGUUUGUCAUAGGAAUGCAUAAAAUUGUUAAAAUUUUAUAUCUGUAGAACUGUUACAGGGCUUGUACAUCUGUGGUCUACUCAUAUGAGAAAUAGAUCUUUGUAAAUUAUUGUUUUAUAAGCAUUAGUCUCUUGUAAAUAAGAUUCUUUUUUAAAAAUCAGAUUUAUAUCUUUUUCACAAUUUCAAUUUUUUUCAGUUAUUACUUUUAGAACUACUCCCAUGUGGAGAAAGUGUAACUAUGCAAUUUCUUAUUUAAAUUUUCAUUGAAAAUAGUUUAGAAAUACCUCAGUAUUUGUAAAAAGUGUUAAGGGUAAAUCACAUUGUCAAUUACUCUGUUGUUUUUUAUGUAUUUCUGUUAAAUUUAAAUCGUAGCAUUAAUAAUAAUUGUAUUUUUAUAUGUCUUUUAGGGCAAUGUGAGUGUCUAAUAACUCAUUAUUUUAAUUUUUAAUUGAGAGUGUUUCAGUAUUUUUUCAGGUCAAUAGGUAACUUAGAUUUGCAUCACAGAUUUCGAUGUGUUUUUUUUUUUCUUUCUCCCCUAUUUGUAUGUGCUGCUGUGUUGUUUUCUAUGCUUACAAUUUAUAAACUUGGUACUUAAAUGUGUCAGAAGCCUUUUAAUGUUUAACAGGUUAAAUGUAUGAUUUAGAGAACUUAUGUCAAAUCAAUCAUUUUGAUGUAUGUAAUGUAACAAGUCUUAAAAUUCUAGUUUCUGUCUCAAUAUAUAAUUAGUUUUUCCCUAGAACAUCAGAAUUAGAAAUUUAUUAUUUUAAUUGUGUUUAUUUAGCUGUUGUAAGUGUAGAUCACUGUUUAUGGUUAUUUUUUCUUUUAAAGUUUUAUGGUGUACAUUUUUGUUGAUAAUUUAUGUGGAUUAUAGUUUAAAAUUAAAUCAUUAAUCAACAUUAAAGUAAAUGAAUGAGAUGUCAUGAUUUUUAAAUGAAGGAGUGAUAGGUGAAAGCUCUUGAGGAGAAGAUAAAAAAAUAUAUAUAUUAAUUUAUUACUUACUUCACUGCUAAAAGUACAAAAAUGAAUUUCAUCAUAAAUUGGUUAGUCAUUGUUAAAAUUUUGUACAAUUAAAGUAUUUACAUCCAUAAAAUAAUUAUGGACCAGAAAAAAUUUAUUUCAAACAAUCAGCUAAUGACUAAGUAUUUUUUUUUCUUCUUUUAUGCAUAUUAUGCAUUCUUUUAUGAAUUAAUGAAAUAUUCAGGAAAUAAUAAAAGAAAAUUGAUUAAAUGCAAAGUUUUUAAGCCAAAACAUCAUAUCCCUAGUAGCAUAAAGAUAGUGUAUAAUUUAUGUAGGGUUUUUUUUUGAUAUUGUUUUUCAAGGAGUUUAAACAUAACUGUUUUAUUUUCCCUUUCUAUCACUCCUAAGAAUUGAAAUUUCAAUCUAUUUUUCUAGAUGGUAUGGGUUGAAUCCAAUUCAUUGAAAUCAUCAACUGGUUUUUGUUACAUAACGAAACUAUGCAAUUUUAUAGUGUGAUAUAUUCGAAGUGACUAAUAAAUCAUUAUAAAAAUGUUUCUCCAUUUGCUUUAUCAGUGUACUAUUAAUCAUUAUUGUACAGAGUUGAAAUUUUGGUUUGCAAUGCUGUUAAUAAUUAGCACUGCAUCAUUCAUUGUAAAAUAACAAUCACAGAAUAAAUAUA